GCCUGACGCUGAUUGGACGGUUUGCAGAGAACGGAAGUGAAACCGCGUUGCGACACACUUCUGUCAGAGAAGUUGUCCGUCUGUAAUGUGACAGGAGAGUAAGUUCAGGAGGACGACACACAGACACAAACAGACAGACAGACAGACAGACAGGAGUGUGAACUUUUACAGUCGACAUGUAUUGUUUGGAGGAGAACACUGUUGUGUUUGAGGAACAUAAACCUCAAACAGGAAGAGACACGGACCAUAUUUGGCCGAAGGACGCGCUGCAAAACAAGGCCUCUGCGACGUGGCACAGCGAUGAGUCUGUUGACUUGAUUCUCAGUGGCGUCUCCAUGUCUCCUGAUCAGGACGGGAAGAGGCCGAUCAGAAGAGUGCGGAGUCCUUCCAGACCGAGGGCGAGGGGGUCCAGUUCUUACAAACCAAAGUUUGAAGGGCACUUCUACAAACAGUGUUACACAAAGAACGAACAUCCCUCAUACAAACCGGGCUCCGGAAGCCAGAGGUACCACCACUCCAGUUCGCAGGCUUUCCUGGACCGGAGACGUCACUUCCACCCUAAACCUCACCACAGCAUCCUGAGGGACAGGGAGCGAGAGAAGGAGAAGAAGUGGCAAGAGUGGCGAGAAAUUCCUGAUGAAAUUUCACCGCAGAAAAAAGACAACACUACCAGACCGUUACCCAGAUCCAACUCCAGCAGAGACAAGGACAUGCAGUUCACUGUAAGUGCAGCAGCACUCUUCUCUUCUCAUCAAAAACAACGACAAAAAAAGAAUGUUGAAGAAUAUACUAAAAAAAGCCUGUCCAUUUCUCAAAAAUUACCCAAUACCAUGUUUCCUCUCAAAAUAUCAAAGCGAUACGAGGCGGCAUAGUCUGAAAGCUCUCAUAUGUUUUUAUAAGAGUUUUUUUUUUACAGAAUAUGAAAUGGAAAACAUUUGAAAACAACAGUCAGGGGAACGAAAUGUCAGUUUUAGCUGCAGCAGCUGGUGAAAAUAUCAAAAGACAAAUGUUCAGCAGCUAUUUUAAAAUCAAUUCAGUUGUUUCACGCAGGAACUCAAACCUAAAAAAAAAACAGUUUGAGUUCAAAAUAUACAGCCUAGAGGCACAUCAGACCAUCUGGUUUAAGUAGCAGCAGAGGGCCCUCUGAUAGCUGUGGAUCCAUUUUGAAUACGCUCAUGUCCCAUCAUAACAGUAUCAUAGUGAUGUUAUGUUUUUUUGCUGUGAAAAUGCUAAAGUGACGCAAGUUAAAGCAACGCGAGCUAAAGCGACGCAAGCUAAACAAAUAAAAAUUACAACAUUUUCAAAAAUAAAACAAAAUGGGCAAAAGUUUAGGAAUCAUAUAUUUGUCAAAAUUCAUCGGACUUCAAUGGAAUUUGGUAUGUGUAUGCAGAAUCAGACACUCUGAGACAAUUGGCGGCAAUUUAAAUUUACCAUGGCUCAGUCCAAUUUAACAAGUUCAGAUGUGUAUAUCUCAGUGACAUCGUAACAGAUCAAGAUGAAUUAUAAGGUAACUGGAUCCAGUAUAUCAAAAUGAAAAUGUAAUAAUCUCAGGUGCCGCAUGUAAAACGCAGACCUUCUAACUGCAUCGAACUAUAGAUUUCCCCCCCAAACUUCUACUUUUACCCCAAAACAUCAUUAAAUUCCAGUCAUGUCCUGCGUGAUGCCGCCUGCAUCACAUACAAAAUCCUCCACCUCACUUACAAAUCCCUCCAGGCUCUGGCUCUUCAAUACUCAUCUGACCUCAGAUCAGUCCUCUGCACCAGCCCAUGGGUCUGUGGUGACAGGGCAUCAGGGUGGCAGCCUGCAUCCAUU